UUUUCAAAUUACAAAAAUAAAUGUAAAAAAUAAAUAAAAAUGAUAAUGAUGGUAGAAGUCACCUCGAGCUCCUGCCCCUCUCUCUACGACAAUUUUCUGUCUACGUUCAUUUUCCCGAGAAAAUUGUAUUUAUUCCAAGAAAACAAAUCCAAAUAACAUCUAAUCCUGAUCCGACAGAUAGAGGCGAAGAUCGGCAGCCAUGGCGACUACACCUACACCUGCUCCAAUCCCAGUGCAAAAGACAGAAGAAGAGUGGCGAGCUAUUCUCUCUCCUGAACAGUUUAGGAUUCUUCGUCAAAAAGGAACAGAGGAACGAGGCACUGGGAAAUACGACAAGUUGUUUGAAGAAGGAAUUUAUGAUUGCGCUGGUUGUGGUACACCACUUUACAAAGCUAGUACCAAAUUUAACUCUGGUUGUGGUUGGCCUGCAUUCUUUGAGGGUCUGCCUGGAGCUAUAAACCGCACUCCUGACCCAGAUGGGAGAAGAACUGAGAUAACUUGUGCAGCUUGUGGUGGUCACCUGGGACAUGUUUUCAAAGGAGAAGGAUUCCAAACUCCAACCGAUGAACGACACUGCGUGAAUAGCGUUUCGGUUAAAUUUGUUCCAGCCAAUGCUGCUACUGCUGCUUCAGUCUCAGUAUGAACUAUGAACACCAAAUCUGUGAGUAGUUAGUUAGUGAAUAAUAAGAUAUUGGUCUCUGCUUUGUAUGCCUUGGAGCUAGUAAAGGAGCAGAGUUAAUGAUGCAUAUUAUGGUUGUUAGUAGACUCGGGUAUGUAAUAAUUGAGAAGCUUUGAACUAUGAUUUCAAAAUAGUGAUUGUGAGAGUUCAUUUCUUCAUAAAGUUAAUGAUUAUGUCUUAAAGCUUAAUAUGUUCAAA